CUUUCAGAAGCCCAGAGAGCCUUUUUUCCUUCUUCUUUGCAGCUUUGGUCCUGGCUAUGGCUAUGCGCUUUUCCAAAGGCCUACAGGGCCAGGAGAGCGCAUGCACGCAUGCAUGCACUGAUGCACACAUGGCUGUCAAGACAGGCAGGCCAUAGACAGAGGCAUAGCCAGCCACCCUAGGCCACUGUGGCUUCCAACUUCCAAGAACCAUCUCCCCUUCGACAUUGAUUUCCUUCCUACGCGGCUAGCCCCCGUCCUAUCCCUUUCCUCGCACCAUUGAUUUCAUCUCUUCUUCCUUGUCCUGGUCACAUCAACAUCAACGCAACCACUGUCGCGCGAGAGAAAAAGGUCUCGCAUGGUCCUUUUGCAAGCCUCUCCCCUCCCCCGUCGUCUGCUGUCUGUCACUGCGCAAGGGGCAGCACACGCAGCAGCUGCACUGGCUGCGUAUAAAUGACGGCCUUGCUUCCACCCAUAUCUCACAUCUUCGGUCAGUGACACUGAGAGAACCAUCUUUGAGAGAAACAUCUUUGGUCAGGGGUCUACUCGGUUCUUGUGAGCCUCUUCUUCAUCAGCUUGUUGCUCUCGUUGCUGAGAGAGAGAGAGAGAGAGAGAGAGAGAGAGAGCUUGUGAUGGGAGUGGGGGGCACCUUGGAGUACCUGUCCGGGCUGCUGGGGGGCGGCGGAGGCCAUGGCCAUGGCCACGGCUACGGCAACAGGAGGAGGAGGAAGCAGAUGCAGACGGUGGAGCUCAAGGUCAGCAUGGACUGCGAGGGGUGCGAGCGCAAGGUCAAGAACGCGCUCUCCUCCAUGAAAGGGGUCCGAUCAGUGAACAUCAACAGGAAGCAGCAGAAGGUGACGGUGGCGGGGUACGUGGAGCCCAGCAAGGUGCUGAGGAAGGCGCAGUCCACGGGGAAGAAGGCCGAGAUAUGGCCCUACGUGCCCUACAGCCAGGUCAGUCAGCCCUACGUCGCCGGCACCUAUGACAAGCGGGCCCCGGCCGGCUACGUCAGGAGCCAGGAGCCCGGCUACGGCAACGUGUCCGGCCAGGUCAGCAGGCAGGACGACCAGCUCACCGACAUGUUCAACGACGACAACGCCAACUCCUGCGCCGUCAUGUGAUGUGAUGAGAGGAAAAAAAUAACUUCUGCACGCAUGCGGCUAGUGAUCCCUGGGAAGUGUUCGACAAUGUUUGAGAGUUCAUCUCAAGUAGUAGUAUUGAAGUAUGAAUGUUACCAGUAGUAGUUUGGAGUGCUGAUUAGGAUCAGUGUUGACAAUCCAACCCUCGGACUGUCACGGGUACUUAUGAGUCGAGAAACCCAUGGAUCGUUUGGGUAACUUGGUCUCCUGCAGAAAGACAUCUCAAUGGCCUGAUCCU